GACAGAUGACAGUUGACACUUGUGUUGUUAUCUCUGCGUGUUUUGAAAAUGACGUCCCAACUAGAACAUCAAGCAAAUUUGCUUUCCGACUGCAUAAAUUCUCUAAAAACGUGGAAAGAACUAAUAGACACACAUUUAGAGGGCGAGGAGAAGUCUGCUGAAGUUAACGAAUUGGAAGAAAUUGUCAAAGAGUACUGUCUCAUCGAUUUCACUGCCUCGAAGACCUCCGAAGCUUGUCAGGAAGUUGUUGAUUAUUUUGCGGAAGAGUCUGCCGACCCGAACGUCGAUGUGGAUGAUUUGUACAAGGAUAAGUUAGCACAGAAGCAGGAGAGUUUUUGUGGUAACUAUUCGCAGCACAAAAUUUGGAAGGAAGUGUUUCAAGGGAUCACUGAUCAUGAUGUGGAGGAAGUUCAAGCAAGCCAAAGUGAAGAACCGGUGGAAUAUGAAGAAAUGAAUGACUCGAUAUUUUAUUCAAAUGUGUUUACCCCACCCGUGGACCCUAUAAGUAAAAAAGUGAUUAGAGAUCCUUAUAAGAACAGGAAGUGUGGACAUGUGUAUGAAUACAAAUUUAUUCUGCAGUAUAUAAAGUCAAUGAAGAAUAAAGCAAAGUGUCCUUAUAUAGGUUGUAGCAAUAAGAACAUUAGUGUGAGGGAGUUAGUGCCUGAUAAGGAAACACAAAAUAAAAUCAAUAACUACCUGAGUCAAGCCAAUCAGAAUAGUUCUCAAGGGUCAGUUGAUAGUGAAAAUGAUUAAUUAAAUUUAUAUUUUUGUAUUAUUUGUAAUAAACAUAUUUAAGAUUC